AUCUACAGCUUAGCUACUGCACGUUGGCGAAAGUGGUCGCAUUGGGCUGCAGAUGUCACACAUUGACACAUCGUCGGGUCCGUGAAGAAGCGCUGUGGUUGCAGUAUGCCCAUGCAUGUCGGUAAUUGGAGUCAUUGAACACUUACUUGCACGCUCGACUCGAUCGCCCCAUGUUCCACCCGCACUUCCGGUUUUCGCGCUUUUCUCUGCCUGUCUCCAUGUAUAUGUCCGGGUAGUCGUGUAGGACCCUCGCUGUCUUUACAAUCUGGAGACGCCCAAUCCAGUGUAAUACUUGCCAGCACUUGGUCCAUCGACGACAGACGUCGCAGAACUCAGCAAAGGAUACCCGCCGCCACCAUGGGGUACUUCGUGGGCACCACGAGCACCGGCUUCGUCGGCACCGACGAGAUGAGCGCCGUGACCUCGUACCAGCCCUGCCACAUCUUCGGCGACCAGAUGCUGAUCGGCGCCGGCAUCCGCGUCGGCUUCUACCUACUGUACGCCGCCGCCAUCGUCGCGGUGCUGUUCGGCGUGGACAAGCAGUUCCGCUUCUGGCACGGCGCAUGGGGCGUCCUCGCCCUGUCUCUGUUCAUUGCCAUGUUCCUGAACGUGGUGGACUACAACCUGAUCAUCAUCGAUUACGCCGUGCUGAUCCAGCUCGUGCUCUGGUACCCGGUCUACUUCGUCUUCACCGUCUUGCUCCGGCAGGCACUGGUUGUCGAAGGGAGGAGCCACUCCAAGCCGGACGCCGAGUACCAAGAGCGCCUGCAGCGAUGCCGACGGGCUGUUGUGACGGAACUGGACGUGGCGCGGGCUCGCGCGUAUGCCGAUCUCCUGAAAGCAUUCGCUCUCCAUGCGGCGGCAGAGGAGGCGGACCGGGACCGUGAAAUCACACAAGUAUCUCUGAACCACGCGGUCCAACAUUUCGUCUCGCAUUGGCACCAACAGAUCGAUGAUCGAGAUGGCCGACAGAGCGAAGAGAUCAACGUCGACGGAGGCGCAGUCACAACGGUCUACAACACCGAGCUUGUCGAGGAAAUCGCAGCGGCGCCGACCCGGGCGGACAUCGACAAGCUCCGCGACCUCUAUGUUGCCGCUCUCGUCCACUCCCAGCAAUCCGUCGCCGAGGCGCGGGCCACCGAGCAGGAGGUGGCGCUCAUUGCGUCCGAGGAACUGCGGAUAAAAAGGGGUGCGCGAGCUCCGAAGCAAUCCCUCCGUCACUUCCUGUUGUCAACGAGCUACAAGGACCAACUCACAGCGGCCAUCGGCUUGCUGGUCUGGUCUGCCUGGAUGUUUGGCACAGCAGCCCUCAACUGGCCGCUCCUGCACCACGGGAACAAGGCCGGCGGUGCCUGCGACAACGUGCCUACUGUGUAUUUCGUCUUCGCCCCGAAGAAACCUUUCGCCGACCGGGGUUUCGUCACCUUCUUGCGGGUAUGGACCGUGGGCGUGGCCCUCGUGGCUGUGUUCACCACGGCAGUGGGCCUGUUCAUCAUCACCGUCAGCAUCUUCGGUCCCGGCGCCGUUGGUUUGGGUCCCGGAAGCCAGAGGAGACGGAAAAAGUCGGUCGAGGCGGGCCACAGCGACCAUGACGCCCGCGACCUCCUCCAUGACUCGCCAGGAUACUCCCGCAAAGCUCGCGGACGCCACACGCAGGAAAUCCUCGCGUGUCUGCACCACAGCGAGUCGCGGUCCAUCCGGCAUCGCUAUCAGAGCAGGACGACAGUGCCGGCCCGGUUCAGCCUGUGGAAUAUCCCCUGGGCGGUUCUGCUGGCUGUGCUGCUCAUCGUCACGAUUGCGUGUUCCGAGUUGACAGUGUCAAAGCAGGGCGUGAAUAACAACGUUCCCCUGGACUUUGCUCGGCCGCCGGUCCAUGAGACGGCCGAGAUCCUGGCCUUGCUUAUCGGCUUGUACUCGUUGGUGUUGGUUUGCUUGAACGUGCUUGGCGCGUAUCUCGCCGCGUUUCUGCGCAGAAGCCGUCGCAAGAACAGGGGUCAGCAUGAGCGUGGCAGUCAUACGCAUCAUCGCCAUGUGAGCGAGAGGGAACGCGUUGGGAAGUCGGAGCAGCCGGGCGUGGCGCGUUAGGUGCAAGUGAUAAAUGGGGACGUAGCCUGUGGGUACUAGUGGUAGUGUAUGAGCUUAACAUACGAUUCGCGAAUAUCACGGUGAUUGCGAUGUUCGGAUGAGCGAGACGAAUGGCUUGAUAAAUGGCAGUAAAGCGAAUCAUUUGACACCUAGCCCCGUAAUGGGCUGGCCCCCGUGGAUAGAAGCCUCCAACCUUGGGGGUCACUCCUCCAGGAA